GAUUGGUUUGGGGGAGUGUAUAGUAACUUGGUAAAUCAGUAUAAGAAGGGAAUGAGCUGUUCAGCAAAGCAACUUGAAAUAAUUGAACAUGAUGAGUUUUGUUGCAAAGUAUAGCACUGUCCAUGCUGUGAUUUUGGGACUGCUGCUACCUCAGGCAAUCCCAUGCAAUGUGACGGGAGUGUGGCGAAAUGAGCUGGGCUCUGUGCUUGAUAUUGAGGCGGUCGGUUCUGAGCUCCGAGGCUGUUAUCAGAGUGCAGUGGAGACUGCUCCAGGAGUCACGGGUCCAGAACACCAGGCCAAACUACUGGGUGUGACUAGUAAUCGGGGUCUGCAAACCUCUGUGGCGUUCUCUGUGUUAUGGGAGGCAGGUUCCUGUAGCUCUUGGGUUGGUCAGUGUUUCCAACUGCCUGAUGGGAUGCGAGUGCUGAAAACCCUGUGGAUGAUGCGUUCUGUCGCUUCAUGCCCUGCAGACAACUGGAAGAGUACCAGGAUGGGAGAGGAUACGUUCGUCUUCAUUUCCUGAAAGCAGAAUGUACUGAUCAUCUGACUGCUGCAUUUGGUUUGCUGCCCUCUACUGAAUUUCCUUUGAACUCUCUCUGUAGAAAUAAUCUGUUUUAUACUCCCUGGGUUGCUCUCUCAUCCAUGCAAUAAAUUAUGUAACUUGUUCAAUUCCUGAAUACAAAUGUGUUAUUUACCUUGUCUUGCCUGACAUAAAUACAAGUUUAAACUCUGA